AUAGCAGCCCGGAGCAGCUGCCGUUCGUUAUUAGAAAGUGGACAGUUAAACGCAAGAAUGGCUUUUUAUACAAAUACUUAAAUGCCGCGGAUAUACCCGAUUUCAGAAUCCGGACGGUUGCCGUGGAUACCUCGCUCUGUCUUUCAUAUUUUCAGUUGAGAGCUCGAGCGGCGUCCGUUGGAUGAGAAGAUUGUGCGGAAUCUCAGGCGCUCUGCAGGCCAUAUCGCCAUUGCUUUUCAGCAGCGCUGCUGUCUUCGGCAAAAGCUUGGGAUCUCUGAGGUUGCGGAAAUGAAGAAGAAAGCCCGGACCCCCCGCGUGGCCCCGCAGAGACCGGCCUCGCCCAUCCGGCCCUCGCCCAACCGGGAGACGCUGACGUACGCCCAGGCGCAGCGCAUGGUGGAGCUGGAGGUCGACGGGCGCCUCCACCGCAUCAGCAUCUACGACAAGCUGGAGGUCCUCUCCGACGACGACCCCACCGCCCAGGAGAUGGUGGAGUGCAACAGCAACAAGGAGAACCGCGAGAAGCCCCCGCUGGUCCUGGUGCGCUCCGUCCGCCUGAAGAACAGCCGGGAGAAGAAGAACGCCGCCCUGGCCCCCGCCGCCCCCGCCCCCGGCCACGCCCUGCCGGAGCCCAAGAUCCACACGGUGGAGUACAACCUCCCCGCCGUGCCCCGGCGCCCGGCGGCCUACUUCACCUACCAGGAGAAGACGGCGGAGGAGCUGGACGAGGAGGUGGAGUACGACAUGGACGAGGAGGACUACGCCUGGCUGGAGCUGGUCAACGAGGCGCGGAGGGCCGAGGGCUUCAGCCAGGUGUCUCAGAACGUCUUCGAGUUCCUCAUGGACCGCUUCGAGAAGGACUCGUUCCGGGACGGGCGGGGCGCGGGCGAGGCGCGGCCGCCGGCCAUCGACGAGGACGCCGUCUGCUGCGUGUGCACGGACGGCGAGUGCCACAACAGCAACGCCAUCCUCUUCUGCGACCGCUGCGACCUGGCGGUGCACCAGGAGUGCUACGGCGUGCCCUACAUCCCCGAGGGCCAGUGGCUGUGCCGGCCCUGCCUCCAGGCGCCGUCCCAGGCCGCCGACUGCGUGCUCUGCCCCAACAAGGGCGGGGCCCUCAAGAGGACGGACGACGGCCGCUGGGGCCACGUGGUCUGCGCGCUCUGGGUGCCCGAGGUGGGCUUCUCCAGCCCCGUCUUCGUGGAGCCCAUCGACGGCGUGCGCGACAUCCCGCCCGCCCGCUGGAGGCUGACGUGCUACCUCUGCAAGGAGAAGGGCGUGGGCGCCUGCAUCCAGUGCCACCGCGCCAACUGCUACACGGCCUUCCACGUCAGCUGCGCCCAGCGGGCGGGCCUCCACAUGAAGAUGGAGCCCGUGCGGGAGGCGAGCCGGGCGGGCGCCGCCACCGUCUCGGUGAAGAAGACGGCCUACUGCGGGGCCCACACGCCCGGCGGGGGCGCGCGCAGGCCCCUGGCCGUCUACGGGGACGGGCGCGGCCGGCCGGGCGAAGGGAGCGACCGGAGGGCCGGGUCGAAAGGCAGCAGGAAGAAGAAAAAGAAGAAGAAGAAGAAGAGGCGGAGUCUGGAGGCCGCCGCGUGCGAGCCUCAGGCUCCCGUCCCGGCUGUGACCGCUCCCAGAAUUUCCGCCGAGAGGUUAAACACCAUCCUCGGGCUGGUGUCCGUGCAGAAGAAGAAGGUGUUUGUGGAGCGGGUCUUGAGCUACUGGGUACUGAAGAGGCAGUCCAGGAACGGCGCCCCCCUGGUCCGGAGGCUGCAGUCCAGCCUGCAGUCCCAGAAAACCGCCGAGCCGGAGGAGACGGAGGAGGAGAGCCGGGCGCUGAGGGAGCAGCUGAAGGACUGGCACCGGCUGCGGCACGACCUGGAGAGAGCCCGCCUCCUGCUGGAGCUCAUCCGCAAGAGGGAGAAGCUCAAGAGGGAAGAGAUGAAGCUGCAGCAGUCGGUGCUGGAGGUGCAGCUGACCCCCCUCACGGUCCUGCUGCGGGCCGUCCUCAGCCAGCUCCAGGAGAAGGACCCGGCCCGCAUCUUCGCCCAGCCCGUCAGCGUCGCCGAGGUGCCGGACUACCUGGACCACAUCAAGCGGCCCAUGGACUUCUCCACCAUGCGGAGGCGCGUGGAGGCGCAGGGCUACCGCAACCUGGACGAGUUCGAGGACGACUUCAACCUCAUCGUGGCCAACUGCGCCAAGUACAACGCCAAGGACACGGUCUUCUACCGGGCGGGCGUCCGGCUGCGCGACCAGGGCGGGGCCCUGCUGCGGAAGGCCCGGCGCCACGUGGAGGCCGCCGGCUUCGACCCCGACAGCGGCUUGCUCCUGCCCGAGGCCCCCAAGCUGGAGCCGGCGCCCCCCUUCUCCUGGGAGGAAGUGGACCGGCUGCUGAACCCGGCCCGGCGGGCCCACCUGCCGCCGGGGGAGCAGCUGAAGCAGCUGCUGGAGAAGCUGGACCUGACGUUCGCCAUGAAGUCCAGCCCGUCGCGGAGCAAGCGCCUGAAGCUCCUGAAGAAGGAGAUCGCCGACGUCCGCUGCCAGAUGAGCCUGAAGAAAGCCCCGCCCGCCCCGCCGGAGGCCGGCCAAUCGGACGCGAAGGAGGCGGGUCCUGCUGAGCGGAGCGUCGUGGAGGAUGGUGACAAGUCCGUACCCCCGAAACUGGAGCCUCCGGACUCGCUGCCGUCCCCCGCGGCUGAGGACGUGCAGACCGACCCGGAGCCUCCCACCCUGAAGCCCGUGGCCCGGCAGGCCAGCCCGGAGAUCAGGCGGCAGAAAUCGGUCAAGUUCCACGGCCGGGACGCCUCCGCCCCGCGGCCCGAGGCCCAGGUGAACGGGCACGCCUCGGACGGAGAGGGCGCGGCGUCGCCCCCGAACCCCGCCGCCCCCCCGGAGCCCGUCACCCCCGUGGGCCGGCGCACGGCCGUGCUGUUCCGCAAGUCCAAGAGCCCCCAGAAGCCCCCGCGCGCGGGCGAGCCCCCCCCGCCCCUCCGCCCGCAGCUGGGCACCAAGACCUUCCUGUCGGUGGUGAUCCCGCGCCUGGAGACGCUCCUGCAGCCCCGGAAGAGGUCCCGCAGCGCCAGCGGGGACAGCCAGCCCGAGGACCCGCCCCUCUGCAAGCGCCUGCACCAAGGCCUGUCGAACGGCUUCGUCAUCGCCCAGGAGGCGGAGCUCGGUCCCGGCCGGCCGCUGGAGCCCCGGCGGAGGUGCGCCUCGGAGUCCAGCAUCUCCUCCAGCGGCAGCCUGCUGUGCAGCCCCAGCCGCGUCAGUCUGCCGAAGUGCGGGAAGGGCCGGUCUGCGGCGGCGCGGAGGAAGACCACGGACGACCGGAGCGAGCUGACGGCCUGCAGGGAGACCGGGAGCCUGAGCCAGACCGCACGCAGGGCUGCUGAAGUUGGCAGCAACAAUAUGUGGAUGUCCACUAGUGCCACAACUGUUGCACUGGAACCUCUAAAACUAGUUUGGGCAAAAUGUAGCGGAUACCCUUCCUACCCUGCCCUGAUAAUCGACCCCAAGAUGCCGCGGGCGGGCUGUCACCGCAGUGGAGCCGUGACCCCGACGGCCCCGCCGAGCGUGCUCAGGGCUGGGGAGCGGAUGCAGUACAAGUCCGCAGAGAAACUCUUCCUCGUCCUCUUCUUCGACAACAAACGCAGCUGGCAAUGGCUUCCUAAAUCUAAGAUGGCUCCUCUCGGGCUGGACAAGGCCGCCGACGAGGUCAAAAUGGCCGAGGGCCGCACCUCGGGCGUCCGCAAAGCCGUGCAGACGGCCUUCGACCGCGCCACCGCCUACCUGGCCCGCGUGCGGGACCGCCUGACCGACCUGGACUGAACCGCACACGCCUCACCCCCCUGGGAUGCCCCCACCUCGCCACCGACCUGCCUCACCCCCCCCCCCCCCCCACCUCUCCCAGCCUCGCUGGACUGACGGCUGGCUACUCAGAGAAAGUUCCGGAGUUUCAGACACUCCGCAACCCGUGCUGCAGGACCGCUGGACAAACGCUGUAGUCCUCACUGCCAUUUGACUCCAUUUCCCAUCAUCCUCUCUGUCUCCACUAGUGAAUAGCUCUGUAUUUAAUGCACUGUGUAAAUACCUGUCCGUUGGCUGACACUAACUUAUUCUAUAGGGGUUUUUCUUUUUUGUUUAGUUUGUUUUGUUGUUGUUUUUUUGUUUUUUAAUCGGGACUGUACAUUGCGUUUCUUAAUAUUUAUACGUAACGGUGAUUAUGUUCUCACUAUGCCGCAGUCUAAGGUGCUAUACAAUGUCGAGUCCUUGUUGUUAUGAACGACUUAAGCAUGGGCUGAUGCAUACUGUACUGAAGGUAUUUCAGUAACUUUUCCAUUUAUUAUUCUCUAAGUUAUUGAAGUUUAUCUACAUCAUAAGCUUCUCCACGUGGCAUUAACGUUUAAAUAUGAUUUUGUACGAGAAUGGUUUUUUUUUUUUUUUUUUUUUUUUUUUUGGGAGAAUUUUAGUGUGUUUUCGUUUGUACAUAUUUAUACAAAUCUAUAUCUGUAAGCUUCCAAUCGUCACAUGCAAAAUCUAUCGUAGCUAUGGGAACCGAAAGUGCGUCGUCCUUACGAAACCAAAAAUAGUCGUUGCCCAGAUAUUUUUCGUUUUAAUCUUAGGUGUGAUUCCGUGUGGUUUGAAAGGUAUACUGUCGACUCAUCUCCUCCUCCUUUUUUUACUCGGUGGGUUUUUUUUUUUGACUGCGUUACAGGGACCUGUUAUUAAACGAGAGGAGGAUAUUUUAUUUAUUGUACAAACAAUAUAUUUGCAUUACUUUAUAUCCAGAGAAAUUGUAAGACCUGAAAGGAAGGGCACACUGAGGUCGUGGCUGUGGACCCUUUUAGUUUUAUUAUAAAUGGCCGUGUGAUAUAGUGUAAUUUUAAUGCUUGAAUGGUGCAGUCGGUGAUGUUCAUUUAGUCGGGUCCUGGGUAACAGUGGGUAAGUUUUUGAAUACAUUUUGUAUGGUUUUGUGUGUACCAUUUUAUUUUUCUUUGGGGGGUGGGGAGGGGGAGGGAGGAGUGGUUCCUGGGAUUGUCCAGUAAGUUUAAUUUUUUAUAUAUAUAAAUGACUGCAUAUUAUAGCUCUGUAUUCAUAUUCGUAUAUGAAUACAUAAAUACACAUUUACACACUGAAGCAUUUCUGGUUGAUCUUGAUGUGAUGCGGAAGGUUGAGCUGCAGAAGGGUAGAGGGAGAAUCAGUACGCCCACACUACGCCAAAGUAGCCUCUUCUACCGAACGGAAACUUGAGUAUCUUGAGUCGCAAGAGUCACACACACAGAGAAAAUGCAUCUUUGCCUUGAGUGUCUCACGAUCGGUCAAAGAAAAUGACUCCCGAGUCUGGUGCCAUGAUCUCUGCUGGGAGAAGGCCUCCUUUGAUGUCGGGCCGCAGAACCUGACCCAGAUGGUGCUCUGGCCUCGUUCCAAAAUGGAGGGGGAAGUGCCUUCCUCCAUUUGCAUUAGAAAGAGGGCGAGGCCUACUGUCUCUGGCACAGAUUUAUUAUCGGUCCCGAGGGAUGUGCCGUCUUGUGCUACAAGACACCGUCAGCGCACGACGGUGACGACUUGGCCAGCUGUGUGAAGGCUUUUGAACUCGUAAUUUGCCGGCAGCCAAACUACUCAGCAAGGCUGGGCCUGGUUAGUCCAUGGUUGGGCCUGCUUAGUCCAUGCUCGGGCCUAGUUAUUCCACGGCUGGGCCUGGUUGGUCCACGGUUGGGUAGUCCUGCAUACCAGCCUUCUAUUUCUCAGCUAUUGGCACGGCAUAAGCUAUGUAAGACGAGUAAGAUAAACUGGGAUGUCCCAGCUCUGACGUACAUGGCUCGGUCCGUACCGUUUCGUAACACUCUCGAGUGCUGUAGCUGUUGUAGGUCAGGGGCAGGAAGUCCCGCUCAGGGAAUUCGCCCAAGCAGCCGUGCGUCAAACACGUGACAUUUCUGCCAACGCUCUUCCGGCGGUUCCACCAGCUUUCAUUUCCACCUGGUGUGCCUCUCGCCUCUGCCAGCGGUGUCCCAGACUGUUAAGUUCAGCUCUGAGCUCUGGAGAAAUCCCACUAUCCCUCCGUGGAAAAAGGACACCAAUCUUGACGUUUCCUGUAAGGGGUCAGUCUUCCCUCUCGACCAAGGGGAAACGUCAACGCGUCGUGACCGACUUGUUUUGCGGCCAAUAACAAUCUUGUGGUAUUUAAUGCAAAGAGUAGAGCUUUCGUUGGUGUCCUGGGAAAAUUAUCAACCCCAUUCUGGCCGUCUUUAAAAAAAUGUAUUCUACAAGAUUGGUGUCCAGCGUCACCUGUCUGUUGAGGGUGAGUUUCUGCCCCUUCAGAGGUUUCUGGGUAUGAAAGGCGCUAUAUAAAUGCAAUCCCUUAUGAUGACCAUUGUUUUCUGUUCUGAAAUGAGCACACUGAAGUUUUACUAACCGUGUUCAGUGUGAAUUUCUUUCAAUGGUUUUUCACUCCACACCUUUGAACACAAAAAAAACAGUAAUUUUUUAAAACGGUUCGUUUAGUGACACACCUUGUCAAUCAACCGCAAUACCUUUCCCAUGUUUCCAACAACAGUGCAAGUAUAGGCCACUUAGAAUGACCUUGGGGGGGAAAAUAAUAAAAUGUAUGUGGGAGGAUGAGCCCAACACACAUUUCUGUGUAUUUGUGCCCUGACAGAAGUACUAAAUGUGAAAUGUAUGCAAGAUUAUGGUAAAUUAGAAACAAUGCCGAUUGAAUUGUAUUCUGGUGAUAAGGAUUGGAGUUCUCUAUGUGAAGGUCUGGAAUAGCCCCUCCGUUUUCAGAUACGUUUUCAAAUUGUGAUUGUAAAUCAAUCGCCUAAUUGCCUAUUUAUGAUAAUCUAAUCUAUCCCCAUUACACCAACCCCCACCCCCACCCAC